GCUCCCCGGCGACGGUCCGCGGCCGCGCUGGCCGCCCCCGCCGGAGCCGAAGGAGGGGGAGGCCGAGGCCGCCGACCUCCUGGCGUCUGGCAGCACAGGCCUCUGGCCUCCGAGGGACCGACCACGGCCAGCUGCGGUUGCCGGUGGGCUCGGCCACGUUGCCGCAGCUCUGGCGGGGUAGCUCUUCCGCCGCGUUCGACGCGAACCGCGACUGGCAGGAGAUCACCAGGCGCAUGGAGGCGGCCCGGCAGGAGACGCGCGGCGAAGGCGUCAGGUGGGAGGACGUCGUGGCGCAGAUGAGGGCCGAGGCCAUGGAGGAGGCGCCCGUGAACAUGACGGUGGCGGCAGGUCUGUUCGCGCCGCCGGGCGGGCCGCUGGCCGCCAGCUGA